CAGGUGGGAAAGUAUACGGUGUCUGUCAGUGUUGACGGAAGAGACCUACCCGAUUUUGUGUAAGUGCUAAAUGACCACCGACGCGCCAGCACAUAAAAACCCGGAGCUGUUUCACCAUGAGGCGGAUUUCGUGUCGAGAACUGUCCGGUGUUAUGGUGGCUUCAUCACCGAGCGGCAGCUGGACGAAGGAGCUCUCUGCAAACAAGCUUCAGUGGUCAAAGCAGGCGUGCAGGGCCCUGUAUGGUCCACGAAGAGAGUCCAGGCUGUGCUCAGCUCGUGUAGACAGACACUUCUGCAGCAGUACUGUACCCUACAGACAGUACUGCAAAAGCACUGACCAUGAUAAGGGUCAUCUGGGUAUCUCCGUGGUGGGCACCCCUGAUCCCAUCACAUGGAUCAGGAAUAAGAUAAUACUGGCUCUGACUGAGCUCUACUUCGACCUGGACUUCAGUGUGGAGUUUGACCAUGGAGUCAAACAGGCAGUGUUCCAGGUGUCCACUAUGGUGUCCAAAGGCAGGUUUGAGGAGCUGAUGGGCUUGAUGUCUGAGGAGGCUGUAGCAGAUGUCAGGAGGAGGUAUAACACUCUAACAGAGGUCCAAAGAAGACAUCUCGCCAUCUCUUUGGACGACAUUGUGUUUCUUCUUCCUGAGGAUGUUUCUGUAGUUUUUGAUAGUAGAGGCAGGAAGUUCUGCAGCAUCAUCAUGAGACUGUGGCACCUGACCAGUGCGGAUGUUCCAGAGGACCCAGAGAGCACUCGCAUCUUCAAGGUGGACCCUGGCCUAGUAGAUGGACCACCAAAGAAAAUCAUCACUGCAGUUUAUGAGUUUCAUCGGGAGCUGACGGCUGGGGCUAACCCCGACUGGAUGGUGACUCAUGUCUGGCACUGGAAACAGCUUGAGUGAACCUGGCAGAACGAGGAAAACCAAGGAACUCAUAAAGCCAGAGAAGCCCAGCUGAACUUAACUCCAGUAGCCCUAUAGAAAGACCGCCUUUAGGUCUUUAACUGAAGCACAAUACACAAACCCCUAAACUGGAGACCACUCCUUUUGUACUGAACUUUUCUCUCUAAUGUCCACAGAGCAAUGCGCUACAAACCCAUGACAGGUGUUCAGAGGUCAAGACUCAAGUCUUUUGCAGAGACAUUUACUUUAAUCUAUAUUAGUCAUUUUUAAAGGAAAGAAACAAAACAGCUUAAAACCACUGGCUAUUCUGCAGAUUGUAUAGAAUGUAUGCUACUAGCUGGUGCAAUCUUUUUAAGGGAAUGUGAUCUGUAACUCAAUUAAACCUUAGCUAGAUGUAGCUGAAUAGCAGCUGUAAUAGCUUUUGCGCUAGCUACCAUACUUGCUAUCCAAACUAUGUGCUAUCCAACAGUUUUGAGUUGUUUUGCCUCUUUUUUAAACACCACUUUUACUGCCUGAAGAACUUUAUUCUGUCAUUCAGAAUUGUAGGAGAGUCUGAGUCAAGUCUCAAGUCAGUUAAGAGAGAGUUUGAGGUAAGUUCCGAGUCAGUUAGAAAGACUUCUGUUUAAGUUGCUAUUGAGUUUAUGAGUCUGAGUUGAGCUAAGAGUCAGUUAGGGAGAGUCCCAGCUGAGUUGCGAGUCAGUUUGAGGAGAAUCUGAGUUGAGCCACAAGUCUGUCUAGGGAAAGUCAGAAUCAAAAAAUUGUCAGUUUAAGGUGAGUCCAAGCUGAGUUGCGAAUCAGUUAAGGAGAGUUGAGCUACAAGUCGCUUAAGGGUCAGGCUAAGUUGAGUUGCGAGUCAGUUUAAGGUGAGUCCAAGUUGAGUUGAGAAUCAGUUAGGGAGAGUCAGAGUUGCAAGUCACUUAAGGGUGAGUCCAAAUCAACUUGUGAGUCGUUGAGGGAGAGUCCGAGUUGGGUUGUGAGUCAGUUUAGAGAGAGUCUGAGUUGAGUUGUGAGUCUUUUAUGGAGAGCCUAAGUUGAGUUGCGAGACACUUAGGGAGAGUCCUAGUUGUCAGUCAGCUUAAAGAGAGUCUAAAAUUGAGUUGCGAGUCAGUUAGGGAGAGUCCGAGUUGAGCUGUGAGUCAGUUAGGGAGAGUUGCUAGGCAGUUUAGGGAGAGUUUGAGUUGAGUUGCUAGUCAGUUAGGGAGAGUGCGAGUUGUGAGUCAGUUUAAAGAGAGUCUGAGUUUAGUUGUGAGUCAUUUGAGGUGAGUACGAGUUGAGUUGCUAGUCAGUUAGGGAGAGUCCGAUUUGUGAGUCAGUUUAAAGAGAGUCUAAGUGGAGUUGAGAGUCAGUUAGGGAGAGUCUGAGUUGAGUUGCGAAUCACUUAGGGAGAGUCCAGAUUGUGAGUCAGUUUAAAGAGAGUCUGAAUUAUGUUGUGAGUCGGUUAGGGAGAGUCCGAGUUGAGCUGUGAAUCAGUUAGGGAGAGUCCGAAUUCUGAGUUAGUUUAAAAAGAGUCUAAGUUGAGUUGAGAGUCAGUUAGGGAGAGUGCAAGUUGAGUUGUAUUCAGUUUAGGUAGAGUCCAAGUGGAGGUGCGAGCCAGUUAAGGGAGAGUGACAGUCUCAAGUGAGUUUAGGGAUAGUCUGAGUCACUGACUUAAGUCCCCACCUCUGACACACGUUGACCAAACCGUACCGUACCUGUUCUAAAUUCGGUUACCCUUCAUGCUUGGGGUACCCAGCAUUGCUUUUAACAGAAGUGUCACAUGACAAAUCACGUGACCACAUCACAAUCUUCAGAGAACCCCGCCCCUUUCUAUGUUUCAGUUGUGUGACACAGGUGGUGGACCAGGGUACAGACAGUUCUAGAUUUAGAUUAGUAACCAGACUGUCAUGGGACACUCUGGAGUAGCCACACAUAAAGGUCAUCAUGCCUAGUGCAAAGCAUGGGCUAGAGGGUUAUAAAGCCCCCCAGUAUUGGACAGUGGAGCAGUGGAACUGUUUUCUGACAUGAUGGGACGAGUUGGAGUGAUCCAGAACAGAUCAUCCAAGACCACUAAUGCUCUUGUGGCUGCCAUCAGAUCCUCACACCAAUGUUCCUACAUCUAGUGUAAAGCCUUCCCAGAAGAGUAGAGGCUGCCACUAUUAAUUAAUUAAUACCCUUCAUUUCAGAAGAAACGCUGGAUGAGCAGGUGUCUGCACACUUUUGGAGAUGAAUCAAAGCAUUAAUCAUUUUCAGCCAGUCAGAUGAAUUCAGUCAUAACAUCAUAUCUUCUAUGUGCCAAAGUAAUCGUGCUAAGCUAAAUGGCUACUUAACACAAGACAAAUGCUGUGUAUAGAGCCUUAGCCAGGCCAGCAUGCACUCCUCAUACAAUCUUAUUGAAAAGUCUGGGCGUCCCAGGUCAAGUGAUAUGUCUUGUUGAUAAAUAUGCGAAAAUAAGUGAGCACAUCCUCUACACAGAACAAAUGUGGGCUGCGCAAAAGAUAUAUUUUAUAUUUUUUCCAGUAUGUUGAAAUCAUUAAUUACACAGAAACUGUGCAUUACAGUUGCAUUUGCAGAACAGUGCCAUAUUUAAGUGUGUUCUCUGAAUGUGUUCACUUAUUUUCACCUAGAAAAACAACAGAACGUCAUUAGACCAGGAGUGUUCAAACUUACACACACGACUGUGAGGUUUUUGUUUCCACCAACUAAACACCAACUUCCCCUUUACAUUGUGUGAACAUUUUACCACAAAUGGACCAAAAAACCAACAGACAGUGCAAAAUUACCCAAUUAAUAAUGGCUGUUAUCAUAAAUAGUAACAGCUGUUAAGCAGUUCCACCUAUAAAAUCACUGAUUUGGACAUACAAAUUGUCUAAUUUUCCCUGUUUGUUCAUACAGAUGUGCUUCUUCACUUCUUUUGCUGUUACACAAACGCACAAUGUUGUCACACUAUAUGAAAUAAAGACUUGUUUUGAAAA